AUGUCGGUUGGCGCAUUAACUACAACAUUUACGCCGGCACCCUCUUGUACUACAGAAAGCUAUGGCUGGUGGUACUAUGAAAGCUCCAAUUUGGCGAAUUCGCCUCAAGUGACCGCAACAGAUGCCGAUGUCGAGUGGUAUCUGAGCCUCGGUCCCUCAGUCUGGAAAGACUGCCUGCCAUCAAACUAUGCAACCGGCUCGGCUUACUUUUCUCCUGGAAUCUGUCCGGAUGGCUACACCGCUGCUGGUCAAACUAGUCUUGCAGUUGAUAACGAAGUCGUCACCGCUGCAACAUGCUGUCCCCAGGGCUAUAAUGCGCAAACAGGGACUGACGCCUACUGGUACGCUACAAACCAAUGCUCCUCGUCUAACACCGAUACCGGUGCCGAAUACACCUACACCCAAGGAAAUGUCGUCACUUCCUACGGCGGUUCCUACGGCGUAAACGCCAAGGGUAUCUCCAUCCGCUGGAAAGAAGCCGACUUCGCAACUACAACCACGUCCUCAUCCCCAACAACCUCUCGCACAAGCACAAGCACCUCAACGAGCAAGGCAUCAGACUUCAACUCUAGUGCAGGGCUUUCGCCGGGUGCCAAGGCUGGUAUCGGUGUUGGUGUCGGCCUCGGCGUUCCUCUGUUACUCGGUGUCUUGUACCUCAUCUAUCUAGUGAGAAGAAACACCGCCAGAAAGGAAGCCGCUGCGGCUGCGGCUGAUAGAGGGAUGUCAUCGCAUUCCGGCCCCUCAGCGCCUCAGCCGCAACCAGGAUACAUGCCCGUCAACCACGAUUAUGGCCAACAAAACAUGUAUGAGCCUUCAUAUGAAAUGUCGUCUGAUACCCACAAAGAUACCCCGCCACAAGAGAUGAGCACUCUUCGUCAGUAG